AUGGAGGGUCGUAGAAUUGGUGAGUAUGGAAGUGGGAGAGAAAAUGACGGAGAGAAACUAAUAAGGGAUGAUGAUCAUGAGGUUCUGAAAAAGAUGAUUUCCAGUCAUCCUCUUUAUGGUCUUUUGAUUGAAUCUCACUUCAACUGUUUGAAGGUGGGGUUAGGCGAAUCUGGAGAAGAGUUUGAUCUAACAGAAGCUGCAUGUAAGCAGAAGGCAAAUUCUGGGCUCAAAACAGCUUCAACUCCGAGUUCUGCAGAACUUGAUCAAUUCAUGGAAGCAUAUUGCAUGGCCCUCAGCAGCCUGAAAGAAGCCAUUGAAGAACCAACAAAAGAAGCAAGAGCGUUCAUCAAUUCAAUGCACGUUGAGCUGAAGGAACUAUGCAAUCCGAAUCAUACUAAUAAUAAUAAUCAUAACAAGCCACAAGAUGCUAUAGAGUGCAGCAGCAAGAAGAAUCUUUGA